AUGCUCUUCUCUGUCACCAAAACCAGAAAAAAGCACAGUGACAGAGGGACAACAAAAGCCUCCUGCAAGAGCCCUACGCGAAGCAUCCUGUUAAAAGUGGCUGAAACCAUCAAAAGUUGGAUUUUUUCUCAGUACAAUAAGAAAGAUGACUUACUUCACAAGUUGGAUAUUGGAUUCCGACUCGACUCACUACAUACCAUCCUGCAGCAGGAAGUCCUGUUACAAGAGGAUGUGGAGCUGAUUGAGCUACUUGAUCCCAGUAUCCUGUCUGCAGGGCAACCUCAACAACAGGAAAAUGGACACCUUCCAACGCUUUGCUCCCUGGCAACCCCUAAUAUUUGGGAUGUCUCAGUGCUGUUUGCCUUCAUUAGUUUGCUCAUUAUGCUUCCCACUUGGUGGAUUGUAUCUUCCUGGCUGAUAUGGGGAGUGAUCCUGUUUGUUUAUCUGAUUAUAAGAGCUUUGAGAUUCUGGAGGACAGCCAAACUACAAGUAACUCUAAAAAAAUACAUUGUCCGUUUAGAAGAUACGGCAACAAAUAGCCGAGCUUUUACUAACCUUGUGAGAAAAGCUUUACGUCUCAUUCAAGAAACUGAAGUCAUUUCCAGAGGAUUUACACUGGUCAGUGCUGUUUGCCCAUUUAAUAAAGCUGGACAGCAUCCCAGUCAGCAUCUCCUCGGUCUUCGGAAAGCUGUCUACAGAACUGUAAGAGCCAACUUUCAAGCAGCAAGGCUCGCUACCCUAUAUAUGCUGAAAAACUACCCCCUGAACUCUGAGAGUGACAAUGUAACCAACUACAUCUGUGUGGUGCCUUUUAAGGAGCUGGGCCUGGGCCUUAGUGAAGAGCAGAUUUCAGAAGAGGAAGCACAUGACCUUACAGAUGGCUUCAGCCUUCCUGCUUUGAAGGUUUUGUUUCAACUCUGGGUGGCACAGAGUUCAGAGUUCUUCAGACGGUUAGCCCUAUUACUUUCUACAGCUAAUUCACCUCCUGGGCCCUUACUUACUCCAGCACUUUUGCCUCAUUGUAUUUUAUCUGAUGUGACUCAAGGUCUACCUCAUGCUCAUUCUGCCUGUUUGGAAGAGCUUAAACGCAGCUAUGAGUUUUAUCGGUACUUUGAAACUCAGCACCAGUCAGUACCACAGCGUUUAUCCAAGACUCAGCAGAAGUCAAGAGAACUGAAUAACGUUCACACAGCAGUACGCAGCUUUCAGCUCCAUCUGAAGGCAUUGCUGAAUGAGGUAAUAAUUCUUGAAGAUGAACUUGAAAAGCUUGUUUGUACUAAAGAAACACAAGAACUAGUAUCAGAAUCUUAUCAAAUCCUAGAACAGAAGUUGAAGUUGAUUCAGCCCCAUGUUCAGGCGAGCAACAAUUGCUGGGAAGAGGCCAUUUCUCAAGUGGACCGACUGCUCCGAAGAAACACAGAUAGGAAAGGCAAGCCUGAAACGGUGUGUGAAAACCCACAUUGUACUGUGGUACCUUUGACGCAGCCAACUCUACACAUCGCGGACAAAGAUCCAAUCCCGGAGGAGCAGGAAUUAGAAGCUUACGUAGACGAUAUAGAUAUGGACAGUGAUUUCAGAAAGGAUGAUUUUUAUUACUUGUCUCAAGAAGACAGAGACAGACAGAAGCGUGAGCAUGAAGAAUCCAAGAGGGUACUCCAAGAACUAAAAUCUGUGCUGGGAUUUAAAGCAUCGGAGGCAGAAAGGCAGAAGUGGAAGCAACUUCUAUUUAGUGAUCACGCUGUGUUGAAAUCCUUGUCUCCUGUAGACCCAGUGGAACCCAUAAGUAAUUCAGAACCAUCAGUGGAUUCAGAUAUGGGGACAGUUGGUAAAAAUGAUACUGAAGAGGAAAAUAGUAAACCCUCCACAGCUGACAAUGAAAUAAGUAGUAGGACUGAGUAUUUAUGUGAAAACCCUCUAGAUGGUAAAAAUAAAGACAAUUCUGCAAAUGAAGUCUUCCUCCAAGGAGCUGAAGAAAGAGUGUGUUCCCAAUGUGAGAGUGAAGAGGAAUCUCGGCAGGCGGACGUAGGGAGCCUGUCCACUGCCCAUCCAGCUCCCGGGGACUUAUUACAGCCUUCCAUUAAGCAGAGGCUGGCACGGCUCCAGCUGUCACCGGAUUUUACCUUCACUGCUGGUCUUGCUGCAGAAGUGGCUGCUAGAUCUCUCUCUUUUACCACCAUGCAGGAACAGACUUUUGGUGAUGAGGAGGAAGAACAGAUAGUACAAGAAAAUGAAAAUGAGGUACAAGAGAAGUAGGAACCAAGAUUUACAUGGAGGAUUUUAAAUUAUUGCUUUUAUGCAAGUGUUUUAGCUUCAAGGCUAGAUAAUCCACUAGAAAGGGAAAAUGAGUGUUAAGUUUACUAUAUAUAAAGCUAAGAUGUGAAUUUACAGCAAGAACCCUGGUUUGAACA